AAAUGUUUACAUGGUUCUAAGUAAUCAUCUAUAAACUUGAAUAAGAAUGACUUCAAAUGGUAAACAUUCAUCCAUGAGUAUUUGCUACCAACUGGUUAUCAGGUUAUUAUCGGUAAACCUAAUUAUAUCCAAUUGUGUGAUUAAAGGGUCACCAAGUGAAGGAAAAUUUAUCAUGGCAGAUAAAGAUUAUUAUAAUAUAAUGUUAAAUGGGUCUGUUUUAUACAAUGGAACCUUUCUUACAACAGUAGGAACUCUGGUGCAAUUUAAAAACGAAAAUGUUUAUUUUCCUCAUUUUAGUAGAGUCCAUCAAUUUGGUGAUACAUUUGUAAUUGUCAGGGAAAAUUAUUUAGCUUUUGCACAAAUAGAUGGACUCAAUCUAACGGUAUUCUGUCAAACUGUGUUACCCCCGUUUAACAAUUUAAAAUAUUACUUGUUAAAUCACAAUCCUAUCAAUGGUUCUUUUGGUUCAACUUUAAAUUAUUUUGGAAACGCACAAAAUUUUGUUGAGUUAUUUCCUUAUAAAAUCAGCAGCUGUUCACCAACUACUGUCACCACCCCACCUUUCGGUUAUUUAUCUCAACGCAACGGAAACAUUUUCCUCAAACAUUAUCCAGUUACCUUUAUUGGUUCCUUUAAAUUUAAUAAUUUUACCUACACAUUUAAAGUUCGACAUGUUAAAGGUUUCGAGAUUAUUGUUGGACGAGUUUGCAAUUUACUUGACUUCCAAAAAUUUGACUUAUCUUAUACUUCACUUUCCGCAUAUUGUCCAUUCACAUUUACAAAUUCUAGUUAUGGUUCUACUUUUGUAUCCUUCUCCAAGUCACAAUCAACCGUUUACAUAUCUAACAGUGCUUAUAUAUGGUUGAGUGUUUGUACCCUCAACCUGACGGAAAUAGAUAUCAAACUGAACCAAAUACGCCACGAUUGUUCCCAAGGAAGCUCUACAAUCUAUACCGGUGUUGUGACAAGUCAAAUUCCCAAUCUUUGCCUUCCAAGUCCAUCUGUGUUUAUCUGUGACAGUACCUUCAAUGGUACCAAUGGAGCCAUGUAUUCCAAUGCUAUCAACGUUACCGGUAACAUCAUUUUGAGACAAAAACACGACGUGUUAGACCCCAGUCAAGUAAUUUACUUUGAGCGUAAAUUCCCCAAUCUGCCUGGUCUGAUCAUCGUCAGAACGCAUUCUCAAAAAGUAGAUGCAUUUAAGAUCAUUGAUUUGUACUACGAUGAUAAUUCAUCGCCCUCAUUUAAGGGUUCCCGAAGCAAAAUAAUUGGCAUGUUCCAAGGCUUAGAUCCUGUCAGUGGACGGGCUUAUUAUGAAAUUAAAGGAAAUAUUAAAUCUGUGCCUUUGUAUAGAUGUGCAAACUAUGAAAAGACAACAUGUCUCUAUUUUCCUAGGUGUAAACUUUGUAGCAUAGGAUGUAGACCGAUCAACGUAUCUUGUAAACCAGAGGAAAAAUUUAUAAACGUAAUUGAACCCGUUCUACCUUUUUAUGCAUUUUCCAGAGGCUCAGUGGUUUCACUUAAACCAUACAAUAAACUGAUUCACGAGAUUGGAGCUUACCAAAUUAGAUUUAUAUCACAAUCAUUGUUAAUGAUCGACUGUACCAAUCCUAUCACCAAGGAAGGCCAAAUUGAAUGCCAAACAGAUUCUCUAGAAUCAUCUAUUCCUUUCAAUACUUCUUUUGAUGUUUCUGUCAAGUUAACCUUUCAAAACACAACCAGAUCAAUUACUCUGGCCGGGGAAAACACUUUACGAAUCGUUGAUCCCCAAUAUAGUGAAAUCAUACCAAAUUAUUUAUUUCCAUCUCAUCCAAGUGGUUUUCAGAUUCGAUUCUCCAGAUUUUUCCGUUCUCUUGGCCAUCAAAUCCAAAUUUUUCUUGGUCAAACCUCAUGUGUGAAAUCCUACGAUAACCAAUCAGAUGUUAUUCAUGUUAAUUGUACUUAUUUUGGUUCACCCACUGUGGCAUCACUAGUUGCCCGUGUAAGAAGUAAAGACUUAUUGAAAUUAAGCUUCAACAUUCUGCCUAAACCCACCUCAAUCAGACCAUUGGUACAAAGCCUAUUUCCUAAAGCGCAACUAGCUUUUCCUAUUAUUGGAAACAACAUCAGAUCUUUUUUUCAUCCAAGAAUGGCAUUUCGUUUAAAUUCCGAUGUUUCUGAGUUUAAAAACUGCAACUUCAGUGGUGACGGAAUGAUACUUUGUGAUUCUCCAUCUCUUGAACCAUUUAACGCUAAAUUACCAUUCACUCUUGAAGUUGUCCUCGAAAGCCAUGGAAACGUUCUCAAUGUGUCAUCACCAAUCACAGUGAAGAUGGGUAAACCACCACGCAUUAGAGGAGCAGAGUUUGACUUGGAUCAGUUUAAAUUGUUCCUUAGGAUGCGUAAUUAUUUCUCCUACUUUGUUAGCUCUACUAAAAUACAGAUCAUUGAUCUAAAAUCGGGACGAGAGUCAACAUGUUCGGCCAUUUCCUUUUCAUCAAACAACUUGGAAUGUGAAGUUAAUGAAGACAAUGAUAUAUCUGGAAGUGUUUUAAAUGUUACACUAACCGUAGCUAAUUAUGAACAAGCAUUUACUAAUGUUCCCGUUUCUUCGACUUUUGUUGCAAUCAAUUUGACUUAUAUAUUUGUUCUCGCACUUGUUGUUGUUGCUACUAUUUUUUCAAAUCAUGCUUAUCGACGUGCUUUUAUCAAGAAAAAAUAUCAAAAAAAGGUUCUUCCUAAAAAGCAGGUUCUUCCUAAAAAGAAAUGAUACAAAUUGUUACUUUAUUGAUUAUAUUAAAAUUUAAUGAAU